CCUGGAUCGACCUAAGUUUGUAGUAGGAACGUAACCGUUCGCCGUGGUGUUUCCCGUCGCGACGCCGUGCCGCCGACUCGCCGGAGGAGAUCGCCUGUCGCCGACUGGCGCCCCGGUCACUUGGUCUACGCCGUGCCUUCUCUCUUUCUCGCCACUACCUCGCUAGUUCGAUCGCGGGACCUGCGAACAGAUACUACCGCAGGUACCCGUUUGGAACACGUUGGUCGCGCGACAACGGAAGUUGUCGAAAACGUACGAACGACCGUGAAACUCGCUUCGAACUAGUCGGGCGGGAAAAAUCAGGUCAACCGUUGUUGGUAUCGCGCGGUAUAGGUGACUGGAGGAAACGAAAGAAACGAAAGUCGUAAAGGUAGAUGCGGCAAAGUAAACGCGCUUGCGCCUUGCGGACCACGGACGACCACGCGUUGCGGCGAUAGAGGAGCGGAAAGGGAGAGACACGCGUCACAGUGAGACUUUUGGAGACGACGAGACGUGGGCGCAGGCAACCGUGGCAAAAUCACCGGCAAACAAAUGAAAGAUACACGUUCCAACGAUCGAAUAUACACUGUACAGUCACGGUAAUCACGGUACGAGUAAUCGGAGGAGCGGUGAUCCAUGUACGAUUAUAGAGCACCGUGCAGAGCAAACUACCGCGUGUCGGAGUCUUAGGCGAAACAACAAUUAGCUGGAGUACUACGAUCGAAACGAGUUCAAGCGAACGAGGUAGCGAGCAGAGAUCACGCGUGUCACUAGAUCCACGGGCCAGUGGUCGAUCAUUGAUCGAGCAACGCGUUCACCGUGUCUGUCUCGGACGCUCGACGAGGUCUGCGACGAAGCUCCACUACAACGCGAAUAGGAGAUGACGCGAUCCGCGAAUCGCGAGAGAUGACGCAUUCGAUGACGAAACACUGCGUGUGGAGGCGGCAAUGAAAUCGAACGUGCUUACGGCUUGGCAAAGUGGGAACAAUUACGAUUGCUAUCACGAUCACAGUGGUCACGCUCGUCGCAGUGAUCACGCCGUUAAUGGUGACAAUAAGACCGUGCAGGUGUCGAGAUGGAAUUUUAAAGACUCGGAGCUAAUCGGAGAGAAGAAGAAUCGUCGAUCUCUGACCACGACCGCGUCGGCUAGAGCACGAAUCACUGAAAGCUGUUAAAGCACGAGUCUCGACGGAUCGGCAGCAAGAAGAUCAAGUUAAAAACGCGGGAAAAAGGGGAGCGUCGCGAGAUCGUGGUAAAGAGCGUUGCGGGCGAAGGAGUCGAUGAUCGACAUCGAUGUGACCCAGGGAAAGGAAAACUGCUGAGAGGCGGUCGUUGGGCAAAAUCAAGACGGAGACAGUGCCGUAGUCCUGGGGGCCCAGGGUAUACGCAAGAUCUAUUAAUAACUUGUAAUACGGUAGUAGUGGGGCGCUGUUCGCUAGCGGGUGAAAAUAGAAAAGAAUGUUUUUGGAAUCCAAUUGGACUUGGUUGGCCGAACGAUGGGGCAAUAUGGCCGACUUGGCCGAGCGGGUGGACGAUCUGAUAUGCAGUUUCGACUCAGCUGGUGAUACGACCAUGGAUACGUUAUCGAUGCUGAUAUUUGGCUGGAUGUUGUUCGGAUUAGUGGUACUGUGUGUCGGCAAAUACGUUUACAAUCGAUUCGUUUUAAACGAGCUCGGUUCUGGGGCAAUAGUUACCGCCAAGGACGGCCAUAUCGUUCACGGUGAUAGCGUCGGUGUCAGUGGUGGUGCUGGUGCUGGUGGUGCUGGUGGUGGUGGUGGUACUGCCGGUGGUGGAGGUGGUGGCGGCGGUAGUGGAGGCAAGUUACUUUCGCUUGGCAAGCAAAAAAUCGUUUCAUCGGGUUCGGUAUCCUUGGGGGCCGGGGCAGGUGGUGGCGGCAGCGCCGGUUCCGGAUCGCACGCAGCUGCCCCUCAUCCUUCCGUCAUCAGCCCCGCAAGAAGUAGCAAAAGUUUGAAUUUGCCGACCGCCACUGGGGCCGACCCGGAUGCCGUACGCUGGGUCAACGAGAUCAUCGUUUGGCUCUACUCAGAUCCAGCGAUUUUGGACCAACUCCUGGCUGCUUGGGUCGCGUCUCUCAAUGAUUUUACCAGCAACUCGGUCGACGAGCACGGAGUCGGAGUCGAGUUCGUUCGAGUUUUACCCGAAACACAUCCACCGAAUCUCUCUAACAUCUUUUGCGAGUGCGACUCCAAGGAUGACGUGACGAUCACGUGCGAUUGCGAAGCAACUCCAGCGUUACAGUUGAAAGCGUCUCGCCGGAAAGCUGAUAAGCUCGAAGUCAGCCACUAUCGCGUAAACGUAAAUCGUUUCCGUGCGCGAUUAAACGUCAUCUGCAUCACCGAGAAGCUUCUGCUAGACUUGAAAUGCGACGGCUGGCCGGACGUGAAAGUCUCGCUGGCCCAAGUAGGCACGAUAAAGAAAGAUCUGGACGAGAGCCAAUUGCAGGAAGUCGUAACGGAAAUCGUAAUAGGCGCGUUAAGGGGGACCAAUGUUCAUCUGAAUUUGUUCCAAUAUCCGAGCUGUCCACGGUUAUGGAGGGAACCGGCGACCACGCAACACAGCUUUUCGAUGCCUAUGCAUUACGACAACGUGACGACGUCGAGCGAUUCGCUUCGAGCCUCCAGACAACGACUUCAAACUCAAAGUCCAACACCGACACAAAAUCAAUAUAUUGCCAGUGACAGAAGGCUGCUCGUCAAGGUGGUGAAAGCAACGGAAUUAGGAGGCGAGCAGGGUGCUUCAGAACCGUAUUGCGUCGUUGAAUUGGACGAACCACCGCAGAAAAAUCAAACGUCCGUCAAGAAGGAUGCUCGAAACCCAUUGUGGGACGAAGCGUUUCUAUUCGACGUCAAUCGUAAUACGUCGGAAGUACUGCUGGAGGUCUACGAUCGCGUAAAUAAAUCCCAACGAUUCUUAGGUUUGGGUAUCGUCGGUAUCGACGAGCUGCUCGCAAAUCCGAGUCAGAGACAGAUCAUACCUCUUCAAAAUCGACCGUACGAAGAGGAAGAUAUCACCGGCACUCUGACCGUAGAGUUUCUAUUCAUCGAGGGCGCGGAGGUGCCUCAAAUUGGGAGCAAACCUUACAAGGUGAAGGAGACGAUAAAGCCGGUGUCACCGACUCCUCGUACCUACACCCCGACAAAUCUCAUCAGCGACAAUAGUCUAAAUUACAACAAUGGUAACAGCACACUUAUCUUGUACGACUCUACCGUUCAAUCCGAAGGGGACUAUCUGACCAAUGGCAACGUGGUGGAUUCGCCUUACAGAACUGGACAAAGCAACGGGAACAAAGGAACUCUGAUCGUGCACAGCCAGCAAAGGCAGCCAGAGCGGCAGGUGGUUAAGGUCGCCCUGACGGAAAGUGGAAACUGGCAGGAAAUCUCUCCGGAGCAUGGACCGAAAGAUACGAGCGUGACCUCGGGACCAGAAAGCACGCCGAAUUCUUCCAAUUCCGAAGAAAGGGGUAGAACGAGAAGAAAAAGGCGAGAUUUCUUUGGAACGAUAAAGAAACGAUUGAGUCGAUCAAAGACGAGAAGCAGAUCGGUCGGACCGGAAGGCGAUGCAAACCACGAGGAUCAACACUCCAGGUCUAUAUCUGCGGACAGAGCGCGUGAUCCUGGCUCGGUUCGUUUAUCGAUACCAGGGAGGGAAGAGCAUUCGAGGAGAUCGAGUCUGAGCGAAGCAUCCGGUAUAAGCGGAGCGUCGACCAGAACUUACGUUAACGAGGCUUCCACUUUAGUUCUCGAGACCCUCGAGAAUGGUAUUAAAAAGCAUUACCUAGUACCAUUGUCGCUCGCACAAAAGAGCAAAUGGCGAAAGAAAGGCACGAAGCUUCACAUAUUCAACGAUCACACUUUCAUAGCGAAACAUAUGGCUGGUGGAACCGUAUGCGAGGUGUGUAAGCGAACGCUUGCGCGAAGAUUGGGCAAGCAGGGUUACGAGUGUAGAGACUGUCAAAUGAAGUGUCACAAGCAUUGUCACGUUAAAGUGGAUAUCACGUGUCCCACGUCUACCAUUCAGAGCAUCGAACUGUCUCUGCUACCGGUACUCAGUGAAUAAGACGGAACGUGCAUAAAGAACGUGCAACGGCCCGAGCGCAGAUCGAUCAGUCGGCUCUGCUGAUGAAAUCUUGGACGAUCUACUUGCGGCCAUGUUCGAGAACCGAGUCGUUUGUCCUGAGAGAAAUUGUCGUUCAAAUCGCUUCGUACGUAGUGGCACAUUUGCGAAGCGAAUCACGCUAUUGCAUCGUACACGAUAUUGUAGGCAACCUCGCGUGAGGAAAGGCUGCCAGCUACCUACGAUAAGCGUUACGAUUGGUUUCCAAGCACGAAGCGCUUUUGAACGCCGUAGCACCGUUCUCUGUUACCCGCUACUGUUAAUAUUACGCUUUUCAAUAUCUACAAAACGAAAUACGAACGCGAACGUGAACGUAAACGUAAAUACGAAGGUGAAAACGAAGCGAACGAAACGAAACAGAUCAAGCGAAGAGACCGAACACGAUCGCGUGUAACUUUCUUCUAGAAGCAAAACGUUGUUCGGUUCGGAUAGUGGCGAAGAGCGAGCGAUACGUCUCGAACGGCUGAAAGAAACAACGUUCGCGACGAAUCGUGAGAUAUUUAUCCGUUACCAUCUAUACUAUAGUUUCCUUACAAACUUUCGAAUUUUCACGAAACUUUUUACACUUAAAGGAACGUCCGAUUUUCUAUCGAUUCGUAAUCUUAAGCCUUAAGCGAUUAUAUUGUACCCAUUUUGCCUUUUUCUUUCGUUCGUUUCUCUCGCUCGUUGUUUUAAGAACAAAGGGAGAACCUUUGGGGAUAUACGAUGUAUCUGAUAGAAUUUGAGAAAAUGACAUCGACGAGAAACGAAACACGUGAACGAUAGUGCCUCUAGAUACGAAAGUUCGUCGUUAUCUUUGAAAUAUUGUAUCUUUAUCCCGUGAAAGUACUACUUUUGACAAUAUUUUCGAUCGUUGUAUCAGAAAUCCGAUCGAUGAAUCAAACUUAAACGCUUCAACGCGCACACUUGUGCCUAUGUAUCGUGCGUAAAGAAAGCAUCGUAAUCUUUGAAUGAUACGUAUUACCGGCUGAUAAAUAUUACUAUAAUCAUAAUUAAUAUAAUUGAUGAUUACGAUUAUGACAAUUAUCAUUACUAUUGCUAUUAUUAUUCUUAUUAUUAUUAUUGUUGUUGUUGUUACCGAUGUCGUUGUUACGAUUGUUACUACCAUACCUAAGAAUAGAAAAUAACGGUCUACGAUGGUCUACACCACUACGCCGGGCAUAUUCAAACAACUGUUGUAACAAUGAUGAUAAUGAUAAUAAUACUGUGUUACGUUGAAAGAAAUAAUAUGGUUACAUUAUGAUUCUA